UUGACGACCCUUGAGUUCAGUCGCAAUUUAGCUGUUGCCUUGUCAGUUUGUAUGAACAAACAUCAUCAUGGCCGUCCAAAUCGUUUCUGAUUUUUAUAAUUUGUUUCCGAACAAAUUAACGCUAGUCUUAACCAUAGCAAGCAUCGUACUCUUUGCUGUUGGCAAUGCGUUAUUCCGGCGUUACAAGUACGUUCAACGAUGUUCCAAAGUCCCCGGGCCGCCAGCUCAGAUUCCGCUAUUUGGAAGCGCCACGGAGUUCGUCCUCCCACCUGAACAGAUCAUGCCUCAUGCCUAUGAGCUAUACCAGAAAUAUAACAAAAGUUCAAUUAUACGUAUCUGGAUCGGACCUCAACCCUGGUUUCUACUCGGCGGUGCUGAAAGUGCAGAGGUGGUGCUAAGUAGCAAUAAAAUUAUUGACAAGGGUCCAGAAUAUGACUACAUCCAACCUUGGCUAGCCACUGGUCUCUUGACGAGCACAGGUCAAAAAUGGCAUCAGAGGCGCAAAUUGUUGACGCCAACGUUUCACUUCAAAAUUCUCGAAGAUUUUGUCCAAGUCUUCAACGAGCAAAGUGCCGUUCUCGUCCAACGACUAAACGAGAAAGUCGGCCAAGAUUUUGACGUUUUCCCAUACAUCACCCUCUGUACACUUGAUGUCAUUUGCGAAACGGCAAUGGGGCGCCACGUCGAUGCUCAGAGCAACACAGAUUCCGAAUACGUCAAAGCUGUUUACAACAUGGGCCACAUCAUCCAAGCGCGUCAAACUCGGCCAUGGCUUCAACCGGAUUGGCUAUUUCGUCUGUUUCCUCUCGGAUCUGAGCAAAAGAGGUGCCUGUCCAUUCUCCAUGGAUUCACUGAUCAGGUGAUUCGUGAGCGAAAAAAUGAACACAAGUUGCGCAAAGCUCAGCAACAGAAAAAGACCGAGACGACGCCAAAUGGAGAAGACGAUUUCAUUUCAAAGAAACCGCGUUUGGCUUUUCUUGAUCUUUUAAUUGAAGCCUCGCAAGAUGGCAAAGUUCUCAGUGAUCUUGACAUUCGUGAAGAAGUUGACACUUUCAUGUUUGAAGGACAUGACACGACGGCAGCUGCCAUCAACUGGUCCCUCCUUCUUAUCGGCAACCAUCCUGAAGUACAGGAACAAAUCAAUGAGGAAAUGUUACGAGUAUUCGGCGACUCUGAUCGCCCAGUCACCAUGACGGACUUGAGCGACUUAAAAUACCUCGAGUGUUGCAUCAAAGAAGCCCUGCGUCUUUAUCCCAGCGUUCCGUUCUUUAGCAGGAUAUUGAUGGAGGAUGUUGCCGCCUGCGGAUACGUUCUUCCAGCCGGAGCAUCAGUGGUGGCAAUGUCUUAUGUUAUCCACCGUGAUCCAAAGUACUUUCCCGAACCGGAGUGUUUCAAGCCGGAACGUUUCUUCCCGGAAAACAUUAUUGGUCGACAUCCGUAUGCCUAUGUCCCAUUCAGCGCUGGCCCACGCAACUGUAUCGGUCAAAAAUUUGCUCUGAUGGAAGAAAAGAUUAUCCUUGCUUCCGUCUUACGCCGUUUCCACGUAAAGGCCUUGGACAAGCCAAGUGACGUGCCAAUCGUUACUGAAUUAAUCCUGCGUCCCCUAGACGGAAUUCGACUCCGAUUGACUCUCAACAAGAAGUCAACAUAAACGAACGUUUCCUUCUGCGAAUAUUACUUUAGUGAUGUGAUGAAAAAUCUAUUCAAAAGCUAUUUUAACUAUUUUGAUCAUAGCUAAUAAAAUGUAUUGCUGUAGAAGAAGAACUGUAUAAUAAAGAAUUUAAGACAUAA